CGCCCACACACACACACUCUAUAGCUGGACCAGUUCUUGAAAUUUUCUUCUCCGCCUCUCAUCAGCUCAAUUCAAGAAGAGGAGCAAAGACAAAAACAUGGAGGUGGGUCAGAUGCGGAGACAGUGGGUGGACUACACCAAAUCUCUGUUCAUGGAGGGCUUCCUGGAUGGUCAGUUUCUGCAACUUCAGCAGCUACAAGAUGAGAACAACCCUGAGUUUGUGUUUGAAGUGGCGUCUCUCUUCUUUGAAGAUUCUGAGAGGCUUCUCAAAGAUCUCACCUUUGCUUUAGAUCAGAAAGUUGUUGACUUCAAAAAAGUUGAUGCUCAUGUUCACCAGUUAAAGGGUAGCAGCUCGAGCGUAGGCGCACAAAGGGUAAAAAAUGCCUGCAUGGCUUUCCGCAACUUCUGUGAGGAACAGAACACAGACGCGUGCCUCAGAUGUCUACAACAAGUGAAACAAGAGUACUGCCUUGCAAAGAAUAAGCUCGAAACACUGUUUGGGCUUGAGCAACAAAUUGUGGCAGCUGGUGGGUCAAUUCCUAUGAUGGAACUGAGUUUCUAAGAGGGUGGACUUGUACAAAUGCUUGUAUUGUGAUCCUCAUCUCCUUAGUUAAAGAUUCUCUUUUAUCUUCUGUACCUGGUGAAUGUAUGGAUUUUUAUGAGAAGAGAAUUUUUCACCACUAAUUUGUAAUCUCUUUUAUCUUC